AUGCCCUCCAAACGCGCUGGUACUAAGGUGCCUCACGGCGCCAAAACAACGCCACGACAAAAUGCGAAGCAACGGCCAGCGCAGCCUGCUAAUAACGGUCAUCGACUCCCUGGGAUAUGGAUACUGUGGUUUGGGCUACUGGCUGGCCUAUUCUACGGUUGGUAUUAUGGUCGAUGGGAAGACGACUCUCUGAAGAAACAGCAUAGGGAGGUUGUCAUCUUCAACCCUGACAUCGAGUCCCCGUGGGAUGUCGUUGAUAUUCCAGGGAAGGGUAAAGGCGCAAUUGCAUCGAGGGACAUCCGGCAAGGGGAACUCCUUCUCUCUGAGAAGCCCCUAUUCCUCGUUCCACCUACAAUUAACACGUCCCCCACCGAGUUCAUUUGGGAGAAGGUAGAGAACCUGACGGAAAACAAGAAGCAAGCCUUCUUCAACCUUUCUUUCGUCGGACUUGCUCAAAACAAGAACCCUGAGAAAGACAAGAAGCACCUUGCCUUGGCUAUCUUCGAAACCAAUGCAGUGUCUGCUGGUUCAAGUGUAGGCAUCUUUCCGCGGAUGGCCCGCCUUAACCAUGGCUGCUCGAGUGCAUUCAACGCUGUCUACUCUUGGCGAGGACAAGAGGGGGUACUCUUAAUUCAUGCAAUCAAAGACAUUGCUCGGGGUAGCGAAGUCUUGACGACAUACAGUGAUACGAAGAAGCCCCGAGAUGAGAGGAGAGCGUACCUGAGAGACCACUAUGGAUUCCACUGCACCUGUGGUUCUUGUGCACUGCCAGAGGCGGAGUCAAAAGCCUCAGAUAACCGACUGUUGGCGAUGGCACAACACCACAGUCAACUGGCAGGUUGGAUGGAACGGAAGAUCUCUGGAGUGGAAGCGAUCGACCAUAUUAAGGCGAUAUGGAAGUUAGGCGAUGAGGAAGGUUAUUGGAGCGAACGAGGUCGGUUAGCUGGAGAUGCCGUUACCGAUACCGAUGCGGACGCGACGGCGCCGCGUCUGGCGACUUCGAAGGCCCUUGAGCGGAGUUCUGCUACCCUUGUCCUUUGA